AUGGACAGAUUCGAUAGGCAGUUAAGACUUUGGGGUGGUUUUGGCCAUGAACUUUUAACAAACGGGCAAAUUUGCUUUAUUGUUGAAAGACGCGAUGAUCCUUUGUUGCUAGAAGUUCAGAGACACUUAUUGUUAGCUGGGAUAAGUAGCUACCUAGUUCUUCAUUCUGAUAAACAACAUACGCCUGCAAAGGAUGCAUUUGCAUUUAUCGAUGAGAAUCAGGAACUUCAAGCCCUUAAUCCUGAAAUUAAACCUCAAUGGAAUUUUUUGCCAUGGUCAAGGAUACAGACACAGAGCUUUAAGGAUAUUUCAGUUAUAGUAUUGAUCAAUUGUAGGGAUGCUCAUAUGUUACAGGAACUUUCAAUCAGAAGAGAACAUUCCAUAAACUUUCCUCCCGUCCUUGUUGCAGCUGUUAAUUAUCCUUUAGCAUAUAUGUAUCUGUGGUUGAAGGAAAUUCAUUUCGUUGUAACUACGAAUCCAGAAUAUGUAGUGCCAGAUUUGAGAAUUAACGAACCCUGGGAUGAAGUUUUACAGUACACAGAAUCUUUAGAUUUUGGAAAAUUACGAGAGGAAGAGUUAGCAGAGAUACCAUAUCCUCUAAUUCUUUCUAGUGCAUUGAGGGCAACUUCGCAGGACGAACGCCCUCUGCAUCAGAAAUUGGAUGACUUUUAUUUGAAAUAUAGUCAACAGGCACUGAAUGAUUCCAAUUACAGGCAGGCAAAACGUUACGCCCGUCAAGUAAGCCGGAGCAGUGAAUUAGGCAGGCAAAGAGUCAAGCAAUUGUUGAAUCGUCUCCAAAUUUAUCAGCGGUCAAACUGGCACGAUUCUUUCAACGGGAAAUUCAUGACACUUUGUCAAGCUUUGGGUCAGUUUUUGGAUCAAUAUCAUCAACUUCCCUUGCCAAGUGAAUUUCCUGACAUGGAAGCAGGUACUCAGAUUUACAAUGAUUUAAAAAUGAUUUAUCAGAAAAAGGCAAGAGAGGAUUGCGAAACAAUGGAAGCCAUAGUAGCACGAUUAGGAUUUCCAGAUUUUCCGAGAAUGUUAGUUAAAAAAUUCUGUGACAACAUUAAUUAUUGGACUUUAUUGGAGCCAAUUGUCAACGAAUCAUCUGUACCUGGAAUAUAUUCUAGCACGGAAUUAACGAGAUACUUAAAUGAACAGGAGGUAACAAUAUCGACACAUGAAAAAAAAUUGUUAGAAAAUCUUCUUAGCCUUGCUGAAGACUCCUACGAUUCACAUACAUUGGUAAGUUCCUUCCCAGCUACGGCAUUUUUGGGUGGUGCAGUAGCCCAGGAAGUGGUUAAACUUGUCACCCACCAAUAUGUACCCAUCGACAACACUUUUGUCUAUGAUUUAAUUUCUGACGAAAGUUCGACUAUAAAGCUUUGA